GAGGUCUUCUUCGUCUCUCAGUCAGUUGGGAAUGACAACAUCGCCUAAACACUUCGCCCUUCUUCCCUUCAUAGACACAAAGACAAGAAGCUGUGUGCUUCUGGACUUCCAGCUCAAACUUGAGAAGCGUCCAGUCUUUAUGAGCCACUGGAAGCGGCAGCAUCAGCAGCAGCAACAUGGCAGAUGACAAAGACGUGCUAAGAGACGUCUGGUUCGGUCGGAUCCCCGCCUGCUUCACCCUCAACCAGGACGAGGUGACGGAGAGGGAGGCCGAGCCUUAUUAUCUGCUGUUGCCCAGGGUGAGCUACCUGACGUUGGUCACGGACAAGGUGAAGAAGCAUUUCCUCAAAUUGAUGAAGGCUGAGGACGCAGGGGAAAUGUGGUUUGAAUACGAAGGGACGCCACUCAAAUGGCACUAUCCAAUCGGAGUUCUGUUUGACCUCCAUGCCUCCAACUCAGUCUUGCCAUGGAGCAUCACUGUGCACUUUAAGAAUUUUCCGGGCCAGGACCUGCUCCACUGCUCGUCCAGUUCGGUAGUGGAGGCCCAUUUCAUGUCCAGCAUCAAGGAGGCGGAUGCACUCAAACACAAGAGCCAAGUCGUCAACGACAUGCAGAAGAAGGACCACAAGCAGCUAUGGAUGGGCCUGCAGAACGAUAAGUUUGAGCAGUUCUGGGCCAUGAACAGGAAACUAAUGGAGUAUUCCACCGAGGAAGCAGGAUUCCGAUACAUCCCGUUCAGGAUAUAUCAGACGAUGAGCGACAGGCCCUUCAUCCAGAAACUCUUCCGUCCCGUUUCACCCGAAGGCAACGCGCACACGCUUGGCGACCUGCUCAAAAAGAUGUACCCUGCAGCAUUACCCGUUCAUGAUGAGCAGAGGCGCUACCAGGUCGUGAUCCACGGCAUCGAGCCACUGCUGGAGACGCCUCUGCAGUGGCUCAGCGAGCACCUCAGCCACCCGGACAACUUCCUGCACAUCUGCGUGGUGCCGUCGCCCUCCGACUGAGGGCCAUCCAACCCUUACUGUUGCCACGGCAACAGACUCUACUAACUCUUUAGGAGAGCGUGCAAUGAGAGGAAUUCAUGAUGUUUCUCCAAGAACGAUCCCUGAUGCACAUCUUCCUUGUCGGAUGGUGACGUCGCCUAGGUGACCACAUUACUGCACCUUAGCCACCAUUUUGAGCUCUGAUUUGGAAAGCUGUUUCAGCAUUUAUUCCAUAUCUAUCCUUGAUAAAUUAAUGCAAUAGUAUGCCCUUUUUCCUCACUAGUAAGAUAAACUUGAAUAACAACUGGGAUGCACUAAUAGAACCACUGCAUCUUACUAGUAAUGUUUUUUUUGUUUUUUUUUCCCCACGACUGCUUUCCCCAACUGUAUGACAUUUCUGCAUACUAGUAGGACAACCUUGGCAUACUAGUAGAACACUACUAGUUACUAUGUUAUGAGUUAGCCAAAACUGUGCAGUAGUUGACAUCUGUGCGCUACUAGUACUACUAGUGAAAUGCUAGGUGUUAACUUGUAGAAUUUUAUAAUGUCACCAGUAGUCCUAGUAGGAUGAAAUUGUCAAUUUGUGCACAAUUUUGCCUCACUAGUAACCUUUAAUUGUCCUACUGGAAUGCAAAGGUCCUCCUAGUGAGGACAAACACUAAGAAGAAGUAAGAAUAAAUCCUCAAACGGCUUUCUGUGAAGCCAUAAAGUAAGACGAUUCAGCACUCGAGGAGAAAGACUAAAUGACUAGGGAGCACUAGUAGAACAACUGUGUCUUACAAGUAAUUUUUUUACACAACUGUGUGACAUUUUUGCUCACUAGUAGAACAAAUUUGACUUAUUAAUACAACUGCAUGUUACUAGUGAAGUAAAACUGGUAGUGGGCAUUUUGGUGUUACUUACUAGUCAGCUUCAGACGGCCACUAUUGCGUGACACAUGGCUACUAGUUGGGCCUAGUAGUGUUAUUAGUGUAGCACAGUUUACUCGUAGGCCAAAAGUGUCACUAGUAGUGGGAAUGUUUUUUUUACUAGUAAGACUCAUUCAUUCUACUAGUGCGCUUAAGUGUCUUACUAGAGAGGACAAAGAGUAUACUAAUAAAUGGACCAAAAGCUGGAUAUCAAGAAUGUCAAAUACAUGCUGAAAUGGCUUUUUCAUAACCAUGAAAUGACUAACAAGGAGGUAUAUAUGGAGCAUGACAAUGGGGGGGUGGGGAUUAUUUGUGGCCACAAUAUAGAUAUAACGUGUGUGCAAAAUACUAAUUUGUGGCCACAAAUGAUCACAAAAUUGUGGUUCACGAAGUAUGUAUAUUGUCCGCAAAAAAAUAAAAAAAUAAAUGAUAUCAUCAUUCCUGGAUGCUUGAAUAAGCAAACUGAGUGCACCCUAAGGUAGAGGUUGAAGACAUCAUUAAGCAUUAAGCAUUUUCUAUCUAGUGUAUAAACUUUGAACUAAAGGGUUCUAACCAAUUAAUAAUGCCACAGAAAUACUUAAGCGGUAAUGGAAAAUGCAUGGUUGAUCAUUUAUUCAGCUUUAGUAAAUUGAUGACGCAACCACUUUUAUUAUCAAAAAGUAUCAGUAUUGCGAUAAUGGCUUUGGUUUUAUUUAAACGAUGGUUAUGAAAAUGUAUUCAGCUUUAGUGAUUUAAUGAUACAUCCACUUCAAUUAUUAAGUGUUGGUGAGUUCUGAACAAAAUCUUUGAUAAUAUGAUAUUUCAUGAUGAUAAAAAUAUGUUCUAUUAACCUGUACACUUAGUAACACAUUGUAUUGUGUUUGCAUGUUAUGUCUAUAUUAUGGUCACAAUUUUAAUAUAUUUUUCCCCCCCCCCCAUGUCAUGUCUGGAGCUUUAUAGGUUUAUGACCACUUAAAACUACACUUUUUCUUUGUCCAGGUUGUUGUUGUGUCCUUCACGUUCCUUCACUGUGGUCUGCAGUCAAAAGCAAGAACAAUAAACUGCUGAUUUGUU